CCCCGGGAUCCUGCUUCCUGCUGGGCUCCCGGAGGGUGACGGGGAGGAAAAAAACCCCCCUCCUCGCUGUCUCCCUCCGUAACACUAUCGGUCCCUCCAGCCACCGCCGGCUCCGGGUGCAGGUACCACGGGAUGAGUAAUGUCACACGUGCCUUGCCUUCUCCCAUGGCACCCGGAACCCCAGGGCCUGGCACGGUGGCCAGACUGGCUUCAGCCCCACCAUCCCCAGCCCUCGUCCUGCUCACAGCCGCCAACAAUGACUCCGAGGAGGGCCAGCAGCUUUUCCUGACCACCACAGCAGCGCAGGCCAUCUCCGGCAUCUUCGUGUGGUCGGCGCUCAUCGUCACCUUCCACCAGAUCUACACACACCUGAGGAAUUACACCAUCCCCAAGGAGCAGCGCUACAUCAUCCGCAUCCUCUUCAUCGUGCCCGUCUAUGCCUUCGACUCCUGGCUCAGCCUCCUCCUCCUCGGCAGCCACCAGUACUACGUCUACUUCGACUCGGUGCGCGACUGCUAUGAAGCUUUCGUGAUUUACAGCUUCCUCAGCCUGUGCUUCGAGUACCUCGGAGGGGAGAGCACCAUCAUGGCAGAGAUCCGAGGGAAGCCCAUUGCGUCCAGCUGCUUUUACGGGACCUGCUGCCUUCAGGGCAUGUCCUACUCCAUCGGGUUCCUGCGCUUCUGCAAGCAGGCCACGCUGCAGUUCUGCAUCGUGAAACCCCUCAUGGCCAUCGUCACCAUCAUCCUGCAGGCGUUCGGGAAGUACCACGACGGGGACUUCAACGUCCACAGCGGGUACCUCUACAUCACCAUCAUCUACAACUUCUCCGUCAGCCUGGCCCUUUACGCCCUCUUCCUAUUCUACUUUGCCACCAUGGACCUGCUGCGCCCAUUUGAGCCGGUCCUCAAGUUCAUCACCAUCAAGGCAGUCAUCUUCCUCUCCUUCUGGCAAGGGACCCUGCUUGCCAUCCUGGAGAAAUGUGGGGUGAUCCCUGAAGUUCAGAUCAUCGAUGGGAAGGAGGUGGGAGCUGGGACGGUGGCUGCUGGCUACCAGAACUUCAUCAUCUGCAUUGAGAUGUUCUUUGCUUCCAUCGCCCUGCGCUAUGCCUUCACCUGCCAGGUGUACAGAGAAAAGAAAGAAAACUCAACAGCAAACCUCGCCCCGAUGCAGAGCAUCUCCAGCGGGCUGAAGGAGACCAUAAGCCCCCAGGACAUCGUGCAGGAUGCCAUCCACAACUUCUCGCCCGCGUACCAGCAGUACACCCAGCAGUCCAUGCAGGAGGCAGAGAGCAAAGCGCCGGGGGAGAACGGGCACGUGGCCUCCAAGGCAGAGGGACCGGGCGGCAGAAAGAGCAAAAACAUCGAGAAGAGAGUGCUGAUCCUGUCGGAUGAGGAGCUGUAGGACACAUCAGAGGGGACAGUGACACGGGAGAAGUUUAAACCCAUGCAAGUGGGAGCUGUCUCAAGGCUGAGGGCAACCUGGGCUCGUCGGAGUACCGAAAAGCCAGGAACUCUACCCAAAAAGCCAGUCUCUUGAAGGGAAGAUGCAAUAACUGAAGGAAAGGUUAAAUAGUGCCAGCUUCUGCUCUCCCAUCUCUACUGGUGUCAGGGACUGGGCUGACUUUGCUCCUGCGACUGAGCAGCCCUGGGCUUUGCUGUCCCACUGCUGGUGUCUCGAUGCUGGUGUCCCAGUGUGGUGCCCACGCCAGGGGACAGCAGGGCAGGAGGGGAGCCGGGCUGCAGGACGGAGCAGCUGCCCUCACCCUCCUCUUACCUCCAAGCAGCGCCGAGGCCUGAGAGAAAUGCUUUUCUCAGCACAGUUCUGCUCUAGUUUCUCCCAAUUUGAGUGAAGAAAAAUUGAUCUCGGAGGGCCCCGUGGAGAAAACCAGCCCAGGAAGGUGACUUCGCUUCACCUCAAAACCCGGUAACGGUUGAAAGACGUCAUUCCUUAUUUUUACAUCUUCUCCCCUCUCCUUCUCCCAGAGAAGCCUACGGAGUUGUGCAGAAGACCUUUACCAGGGAGGAAGAGCAAGUCAUCCUCUUCUCCCUGCAGCUGUGGAUGCAGCUGGCUGAGAACCUCCCCGGGGAGCAGAGUGAGGUCCCACGCGGGGCGAGCGCGGGGUCUCGCAGCUGCCGGUGACAGAAGCGCUUGUUUAUGUCUAAACCGACUUAUCUCUGGGUGGAUCAGAAGUUAAAAGGGAUUCCAGCUUCCUUAUCGGGGUCCUCAUUAGGGAACCAGACCGUGACUGGUGGUGGUAGGAAUGUGCUUAUUGGGAACUGUCUGUUCCUCCCAACCCCUCACUAUUUACCGUCCCUGGGCUUUGUCCGACCUGGGGGAAGACAGGAGGAAGCUGAGUCCCCCCCCCAAAAUGAUGGUGGUGGGGAUGGAGAGGCUCUGGGGGCUCCGGGCAGGACCACUGCAGUACCAUGGAGGGAUUGUCCCCCCUGAGAUGAUGGUGGUGGGGAUGGAGAGGCUCUGGGUGCUCCGGGCAGGACUGCUGCAGUAGCAUGGAGGGAUUGUCCCCGUAUCAGUGAUGGAGAGCAUACAUCCUGCUAUUAAUCUCCCUCUGUUUUUUUUUUUUCCCCCCAAUUUUUAGUCCAAUUUCUAUUCCCCUGUUCCUCAGGAAUUUAUUUAGGCACCGGCCAGGCUGGUUUUUGGGGGUGGGAGCUGGGUAGUGAAAGGACGAGGGCAAGUCUACAGCCUCAGAUUUGCAGCCGUGUGGCAAACGAACCGAUGGGAAAGGCUUAGAGCCAUUUCACACACACCUCCUAGCGGUUUUUUGGUAUUAUUAUUUUUUUCCCUGCUCUUAAGCUGCAAAAUGUAAAUCGCAACGUGAAAUUAUUUUAUUUAUGAAUUUUUAUUUUUUU